UUGGCUGCACGUGCACAUGUGUAAUGGUGUAGUGUACAAAAACAUAACCUGUAAACUGUGAAAUUGUUUUGGCCUAUAUUUAUUAAAUAAUUUAUUUUAGUUAAUUUGUGUAUGAAUAAACUUUAACGUUAGAAAGGAAGUGUUUUAAAUAUUUACAGUGCAAUCGUUCAAUCAUCGAAUCAACCAAAAGACAAAUUGUGCCAUUGUAGAACAGAUUGUGUACACUAGUGGAGUCUCAAAUAAUGACAACUUUCAAAUUUACGUUUGACAAAAAUAAGAAACCGCCAAAAGGUGUGUUGGUUGCUAAAAAGAGGAAAGCUACAUCUGAGGACACUAUUAUUCCAAAGAAAUUAGCUAAAAAUAAGGUAUUAAAUGAAUCUGACAAUACAAAGAUUAAAAAGAGAACAGAAAAACCACCCAAAGUAGUAAGUUCUUCAGAAACUAACACAGCAAAUACACAACAAGGAAUAGGAAACAAAAAUCUUGAUAUUAGGCAAGCAACAAAUACUUUAAACAAUGAAAAAAGUAGUGAUUUUAGUCCUAAUACUAGUCAGAAAUUUAUCAAACGUAAAUGGAAAAAAGACAAGUUAGCAGCCAAGAAAGCAGCAGCUGAAGGUAACACUCCAACUCAUACUGAUCCACAGAAAAAACCCCAGCAAUAUUCAUUAUUUAAUACAGGACAUAAGGAUGUUUACGUCAAAGGUAAUGCGAAAGGCAAAUCAGUGGUUGAAAAGGUUUUUAGUGCAGAUAAAAAGUUUAGUGACUUAGAUAUACAUAAAUACAUAGUUUCUAAUUUGGAAAAACAUCAUUUUACAACUCUGACGAAUGUGCAAGAAAAAUCUAUACCUGCGAUACUACAAGGACAGAAUGUUUUGGUUAGAUCUCAGACUGGUUCUGGUAAAACGUUAGCAUAUGCUGUUCCAGUAUUGCAAGCUCUACAAAAUAUUAAUCCUAGGAUACAAAGGACUGAUGGAGUGCAAGUCAUAAUUGUCGUUCCUACUAGGGAAUUGGCUUUACAAUCCUACGAACUGUUUAAAAAGAUCAAUACCUUCCAGUGGAUUGUCGUCGGAAAUUUAUGUGGGGGAGAAAAUAGAAAUACAGAAAAAACUCGUCUUAGAAAAGGUGUACAUAUCCUAAUUGCCACACCCGGAAGACUUUUGGAUCACAUGUUGCAUACAAAUGCGUUCAAAACCAACAAUGUUAGAUGUUUAAUCUUAGAUGAAGCCGAUCGUUUGCUCGAUAUGGGAUUUAAAAAGGAUAUUGUGAGAAUGGUUGAAGAGUUGGAUAACGCAAAAACAAAUGCCGAAUACAACCCGCUAGCGUUACUAAAGAAAAAAUCUUUUACUGAUAACGAGGAUGAUGAUGUUAUAGAAACUACAGAAACUGAAAACACCUCCCAAAAAAUGCCCCUAGGAGAUCCUAGUAGUAAAGUCAGACAAACGGUACUCUUAUCUGCUACGCUUAAUAAAGGUAUAGCAGAAUUGGCAGAUUUCACGAUGAAGGACCAUGUGUAUAUUGAUGCUUUGGACGAAUUUACCACUCAGAAUCCGGAGAUGAUGGUUAUACCUAACACUGUGCAGCAAAAGUUUAUUGUAACGCAUGUCAAACAUCGGUUAUUUACGUUGUCGGCUCUGAUUUUGUCACAAGCGAAAACGAAUUCAAAGGUGUUUGUUUUUAUGGGCACGAGUAGUAUGGUCGAUUACCACUACGAACUCUUCACCAGAUAUUUGAUAAAAAUGCCAAGACACAGAGGACAAUUGGCAAAUAAUCAAGUAAUGGUACUCGAAGAAGACGAAGAUAGCGACGAUGAGGAAAUAGUCGCAGACGUAGAAAUCUUCAAGCUUCACGGCAACAUGGACCAAAGUGCCAGAAAGCAGGUCUUUACCAGUUUUAGAGCUGCCAAAAAGGGUGUUUUGUUAUGCACGGACGUAGUAGCCAGAGGCAUAGACGUACCAGCAGCUGAUUGUAUUGUCCAAUACAACGGUCCUCAAAGCAUCGAAGACUACCUUCAUAGAGUUGGAAGAACUGGACGAGCUGGAAAAUCAGGCACGUCUUAUAUAUUCUUAACGCACGAAGAACAGGAUUUCGUCACCGAAAUGGAGAAGCACAGAGUUUAUUUACAGAAACAAGACACGGAGAGGUUUUUAGAAAGCUUGAGUGACAUAAUGGAAGAACCUGACUUCGAAAAAGCUGCCACGGCUCUUCAAAAGCGCUUUGAAAGCGCUUUAGAAAAAGAUAAAGAACUUCAUCGAGCAGCAUGUAGCGCUUACUCAUCUUGGUCUCGAUUUUACAACACCUAUUCCAAUAAAAUGAGACCAAUAUUCGACUUUAAAAAGGCCAAUUUGGGACACUAUGUAACUAGUUUCGCGUUAAAGGAAACCCCAACAGCGGUAGCGAGGAUCGUGAAAGGACAAUUCGCUAAAAAGGAAGCACCAAGACUGAAUAAGAAGCUUGCAAAUCACGAAGAUGAUGCUCCACCACCGAAAGCGCCCAAAAAGAAAAAGAUAAAAUCGCUCAGUCUAACAACUUCCGAGUUUUCGAGCGGUUUGGAGCCUGUUAAAAAGAAGAAGAAGAAAACAUUUGACGACCAAUGAACUGUUUUCUUUAUUUCAUAAUAGAGUUUUAAUAAAGUAUCGUUUAUUUUUUAAUAAACUUAAUAUAUUAUAA